AUGAACUUCAGCAAGUUUUCAGCACCAUAAUCGACUGACCACAUGAUGCCCUGGCCUCAGCUUCUCUUGUUUUCUGACCAGGUCUGAGGACAAUACCAAGAGGCUAAAGAAGGAAGCAGACAAGUGCCAUGAAGAGCAGAAGAGGGAGACAGGGUGAGCGGACCCUCGGGGAGGAGGCUCCAGCCUCAGGCCCAGCAACAGCGGGAGAGACCGCCCAGCGGGACGGGGCCAUGUGGCUGCCAUCAGCUGUGCUGCUUCUCUGUGUCCCAGGCUCUUUGUCUCUGAGUGGCCCCAGCAACGUGACGGGCACUGUGGGGGGAUCCCUGAGCGUGCAGUGUCGGUACGAGGAGGAAUACAGGACGUUUACCAAAUACUGGUGCAGACAACCGUGCUUGCCACUUUGGCAGCAGAUUGUGGAGACCACAGAGUCUGAGACAGAGGUGAGGAGGGGCCGGGUGUCCAUCAUGGACCACACUGAGGACCUCACCUUCACCGUGACCUUGGAGAACCUCACUGCAGAUGACACAGGAAAGUACAGGUGUGGGAUUGCAACGAUACUGCGGGAGGAAGGACUCCAGGGCUUCCUGCCUGAUCCUUUUUUCCAGGUUCAAGUGUUUGUUUUCCCAGCCUCCAGCAGCAAAAGCUCUACGUGGACACCUGGAUCUCCCUGUCAGUCACCAUGUCCCUCUCAUAGGUCCCUGCUCAGCAGCGUCCACUUCCUGCUCCUCAUAUCCCUGAAGGUGCCCCUGCUCCUGAUAAUGCUCAGCGCCGUCCUCUGGGUGAACAGGCCUCAGAGGGUAAUUUGUGGAGAAACAGAGCCAGCCUGACCAAGACAACCUGCGGCCAUCCUUGCCCAUCCACAUCCUGUCCAGAGACACAGCCGCGCAGACUAGAGAAGAAGGAAUUUCAGACCCUGAACCUUAUAUCUUUUUUCACCUUAUUGCCAGAGACUUUAAAAACAAACUGUAAAAAAUAUUUUAAUGAAAUAUAUCACAUACAAAAAAGCCUAUAUAUAACGUAUACGUACAGCUCAAGGACUAAAAAUAAA